AUGAAAGCGUUACCAGAUUUCCCACCUUUCAUGCAUAUCGGUUUGCUGCGGUGGGCUCGGUAUGUAGCUCUUGGUUCAGGGUUGGUAUAUGGCUUUGUACACAGCCGUGGAGUGGCUAAGAAGGAGGCUAUCAGAGUGAAGCACGCUGAGUAUAUGCACGUUAUGCAGGCUAAGAAGGAUGCCGAGUACGCCGACCUGGUAGCGCGUGCCAACCGUGUGGAGGGUGGUGUUGUCACCGACCCCAAUGAUCCCGCAUUCGAUCUGGAUAAGUUAGUGGCCGCCUACUCCAAAUAA